AUGAUCGGAACGACGCGAAAAAACAAAGGAGAAAUAUCAGAGUCCUUUUUGGAGUUAACAAACAGAGAAAAAAAUACCGCUAUGUUUGCGUAUGAUGGACCUCUAAUUCUGUUGUCCUAUUGCCCACCGAAAAAAAAAGUCAUCAUCAGGUUGUCAACUCUCCACGAUUCCCCAGAUAACAACAAUGAAGUUGAGCUUCCAGAAAUUAUUCAUUUUUAUAAUAAAACAAAGGGAGGAGUGGAUGUGUUCGAUGCAAUGGCUAAAAAAUACUCUGUCGAAAGAAGAACCAAACGUUGGCCAAUGUGCAUUUUCUAUGGGUUAUUGAAUGGAGUUGGUACUAACUCUUGGGUUCUCUACAAAUGCUCAAAAGCAAAUAAUAAGCCUGACAUAAAGCUUCGUCGGAAUUUUCUAAAAGAAUUGGGAAUGAAUCUUAUAGAUGAACAUUUGAAAGUGCGCCUACAAACACCAACUUUGAAGAGGGAUAUAAAGGAGAGUAUCGCGGCGAUUCUCAAGCAACUCAUGCCUGUCGAUUCUUCUGGGUCAGAACGUCACACCAGGGAUCGGAAGAGCACGACCAAGUGCACCAAGUGCAAAAUUCCAAUUUGCUUGGAACACUAA